UGGUCGGGGUCACAGGCCAGGUUCAGCAGGUAGCAAGCAGCGUAGUACAGAGGGUCAGGCAGAGGGAUGGUCAGGGUCACAAGCCAGGGAUCAGAACAGGGAUGGUCAGGAGCGAGCCGGGAUCAGAGCAGGAGAAGUCAGCAGUGGGUUCAGAAACAGGAUGCAGGACAGAAACAGGAUACAGGGCCCAGGACAAACACAACACCAAGGCAGAGUCUGCAAGUCUGGCCAUCCCUUAAAUACACCAGUAUCAUCAGUUCCAGGUGUUAGCUGGCUGAAAGGUUGAGUCUCUGAUUGCUGGGAGCACCCGCUGGCCAGCCCUGGUACUGCAGAUCAAAAGGCAGGUGAGUCCCACCAUUGCUGGCCAGUCCAUUCCUGACACCACCCCAUCAUCGAUAUGUCAGUAAGAUUUAAAUAAAAUCUUUCUGCUUUCAUUACAUAUCUUUUUUUAGGCCCAGGCAGGGUGCUUCACAUUUCCUGAAAACAUCACCCUUGGUACUUUCCUCAAGU